UAUCCAUUCAGCCGGAAGUCGUGUCAGUAAGAGAGGAGGCUAAUUAAUAGCGUCUCGUCUAUUUGAGUUUAGUGUUACGCAGCGAGCGACUUGAAAAGCCAUUUGGAAAGAAUAAAUGUAACAGGACAAGGUCUUUGUCAGCGUAAGCCUGUUUUGGAUGUCAGGAGGACAUCGACCGCACAGAUGGUUAAAGAUGUCAGGCAUCAUCAAUAGUUACCUGACUUAGGCUUACGAAUGUCUGUAACCCUGACAGCCAUGAGCGACAGAGCAGUGGCCAGUGGCCAGCAGCGUUGGUCGAGGUCCGGAGAGAUGCAUCAUUCUCGUGGACCCUAUAUCUCAGUUGUCACAAACAGGAUGACCAACCUGUUGAUCCGAGGGGCCAUGUUGUUCUCUGUGGGCGUCUUCCUGGCCCUGGUGCUUAACUUACUUCAGGUACAGAGAAACGUUACCCUGUUUCCCCCUGAUGUCAUCAGCAGUAUCUUUUCUUCAGCCUGGUGGGUACCGCCCUGCUGUGGGACAGCUGCAGCAAUGAUCGGGCUGUUGUACCCCUGCAUCGACAGCCGUCUGGGUGAACCGCACAAGUUCAAGCGGGAGUGGUCUAGCGUGAUGCGCUGUGUGGCUGUGUUUGUGGGCAUCAACCACGCCAGUGCUAAAGUGGACUUUGCCAACAAUGUGCAGCUGUCUCUGACUCUGGCAGCCCUUUCCAUUGGCCUGUGGUGGACAUUUGACCGCUCCCGCAGUGGCUUUGGCUUGGGAGUCUGCAUUGCCUUUUUGGGUACACUGGCCACCCAGCUCCUGGUUUACAACGGAGUCUUCCAGUAUACUUCUCCAGAUUUCCUGUACAUUCGCUCCUGGUUACCCUGCAUCUUCUUUGCAGGGGUAAUAACUAUGGGAAACAUAGGACGGCAACUAGCCCUGUAUGAAUACAAAUUCAUUCAGGAGAAGAGCCAUCAGGACUGAGGGAUGUCUAGGCUGUGUCAAACCUCUGCUCAAAAUGACUUUCUCUUUGCACCAACCUGAAGCCAGAGGCAGGUUAUCAGAAUAUGCAGCAUGGAUCAGAGCUGGCAGAUGAGCCAGUCAGGUCACGUCAAUCGAACCCUGAGAUCCUGAUUGGCUGCUGGAUGGUAUUUUUGACUGGCUCUCGUCAGGCCUUUGAGAGAUCACCCAGGUGCUGCCACAUUGUAACAUGAGCUGAGGGGAACAGUGAGAGUGGAGUUUGUCGUCUUGUUUCCUUUGCUGCAGGUUAUCGGUCUUUAUCUGGACAGGGAUUAGCAGAGCAGCCGAUAACGUUCCUCACGUCAGCUCGGAGGCGUGCAACCUUUGGCUCCAUUGUGCCAAACACAGUCACAUGGGAUCAUUCUUUAAGUCUCCCCUUAUCUCAUGAUUCUUCCACAUCCUUCACGUAUCAGUGGGGAGCACACAGCCUCGUUAACUUACAUCUAGGAAAGUGUGCAUCUGUGUACCGGACGUUUUGUAUGUAAUGACCUUAUAUCUGCUUUUACAUUUGAUAAAGGAAUGGUGACAGGUACUGGUGCUGAGGACACAGGAUGUUCAGUGUUCUCCUGUGGUGGGUAUAUCUGAGAGCCCAUUAAUAUGUACAGUAUCAUCAGGUCAGAGAAGGAAGAAGUUCUGUGAAGUGAAUGACACAUUUGGAAAUAGAAAUUAUCCAUGAAGAUUGGUGUUAGUUUGAAAUGAAGUACAGUCUUGAUUUCAGGGAGGAACACUCACAAAUCUUCCUGCAGCCUUUCUCGGUGCUUUUGUUUGCUUUCUCCAAACAGCAGGAAUGCCAAAACUUCCCAGCUUCCUUUCUAUAACUUCAAAUAUGAAUGGUGUUGCCUGCCUGAAAUAUGACGGUAGAUAAGUUCUACCACUCUUUGUCCAUAAAUGUUGAAUAAAAUAUCUGAUCUCUGGUCAUACUAUGUUAGAGUUUUAUUUGAGCUACAUUCAUGUCUGUUCACCUUGGUCACCAACAGAGACCAAGGUGAAUGUAGGAGUCGCACCCAUGUGGGGCAGCCUGACUGAGGAACUCAUCAUUUCACUUGGUCUCUGCUGCAGAGGUGGCUCUGAGGGACGUAAGCAGGCUGAAAUCCUAAUUCUCUUUAAGAGUUACAGCUCUAACACGUUAGCAUAGAAGUAACCAUAUGAACUGUGGGAGUGUUUUCUCUCUUACUGAUGGUAUUAUAAGUGUGGACUUCUGUCCUGCUCAUGGAUCUGCAGCACUGCACAGAUGUGUUUUUCCUAAGCUUGGUUUGGUUAAUUAUCCUAACUCACUGUGUAACUAACGUAUUUUACUGUAACAGCUUGUGUCCAUUAUUCCUGUCAAACUUUGCUUUUGUGGAAUUUCUAAUUAAAGUUUUGGUUGAAAAUUGUUCAAUAUUUGAGAGGAUUUGUGAAGAAAAUUCUUCUAAAUGAUUUGAUCAAAUUGGAUUUUUGUUACAUCAUUUAUUAAGUUUUCUUUUAAUUGAACAUUUUUAUAGAAGAGAACACCGAUUGAAGCCAUUAUAUGUGAAAAAGGCAAAUCUGUAAAAUCAUUGAACCACAAAAGCAAAGUUUUGGGGUCAGAAAUGUAUAUUUUCAGUUUACAUGUACAGAAGUAGGAAAACAAAGUUCAAACCCAAAGACGAGACAAAGUUACCGACACAGUUGGUUCUCUGUGUUGUGGUUUGCUGAGCCACAGUGAAAACUAGUGAUCAGCAGUGUUAGUGGUGUUGCAUGUACAGGCUGUGUGUACAACUAAAUCCAGGUGACACAUGCAGAAUGAAAAUGGGGCCACCUGUGCGUCCUGUCAUAUUGGGACAGUUUUCUGAUGGUCAUAAUGCUGCGAUAAGUGCAGUCAUACCCAGACAGUGUUUUCUAAGGUUAAACACAUGAACUGAGGAAGCUUUUUAUUUUCUUGGACCUGAAUGUUUUCUAAGCAGCUGUUUCUUUCUUUUCAAACUGCUGUUACAUGCUGGUUUAACACGGCUCAAAGAGGGAAACUGUUCAGGCCCGUGUACAUCAUACGUAGUUCACGGAGUAUUUAAACUGCAUCAUCUUUGGCCUGCUGUUUCCUCUCGAUCGUCAGUAAUGAGAAACACACUUUUUGCUUUAAAAAUAAAGUGGUUACUUUUCAAAA